AUUUAAAUAUUUAUUGUGCUUCUCAUUCUUUGUUCAUCGCGGUGGUGUUGCAUAUUCAGUUUUGUUUAUAUUACAGUUUUUUUGGUGUUUGACAUUAAAAGCCAGUGUCAGAAACGAGAUUCAUAAUCCUCGCUGGUGAAGAGUGGUCAGCCAAUCAGAUCAAUGGGGUGAAUGCGCACGCAUAACUUAAGGGUGCGCAAAUAAAUAUUGACAAACGUUUUACACGAGUGCGCUUCCUAGUUUUCCACUAAAAUGUAUUGGGCAAGUUUCUACCUCACGUCUUUGUGUUUACAAACAAAUCCUUAGAUUAAGGUUUGGCGUCACUUACCCUUGUAAACCCAUCUGUGUGUGACCGAUAGUGACUUUUUGCUUAUGUGGAUGCGAGAAAAAAAACGCAGACGCAAGGUCCACUGGGCACGGAAUUCAAAUACGCGUUUCCAAAUUAAAUGAGUCUUUCACGGGGCAAUAAAGGUGCGGUCACAGCCUAUUUAUUGUUACUUGGAGCUCAGUUGUUGUUACCAUAGUAAGUUAUUUAACCUACAAGCCACUUGGGAAUGGUUUAUCAAAGUAUUCCUUUUCGCUGUAAAUGGAGAGGGCGGGCCGGGUAAGGGGGCGCAGAAUGCCAUUGGCCAAAGCUAAGAGGGCACGUCAUCUUAAAUUACGGAUCGAAUUUCUUGGCAAUAUUUGUUUCCUCUUCGACUGUUAUCCCGGCCCAGUGAAUGUAUUCCAUUAAGUGUCGAAUAGAAGGACAGCCGUAAGGAUGCUAAAGCGGCAAGGAAAAUGAAUUCGUACCGAGACUUACUGUGCAGCGGGGACAGCAGCACUCAAUGUGCUAGAGUUUACUUCCCAGCGGAGGUCAAGCUGCACAGCAUGGAUCAAAGAGCAAGUCAAAAUUUAAUUUGUUGUAACGCAGAAGAAAACCAUCUGGUUGGCACCGAAUUCCCCGUGCAACAACAAGUUUCAGAAUUUCACCACGCCACCCCUACUCCCGCCCCGACCUCCGCUCAUCAGUACAGCUUUUCCUAUACUACCAACACCUUGCAGUCCGAGAGCCUUCAACUACCCUUCAGUACCGGGAGCGCUACUACACGCACCUUCUCGCAAGAUCAGAGCUACCCCUCCCCUUCGACUUACUUCCAUUAUUCCAACCCCGCCGUUCACUCUAAUUUUCCCGAGUUGGACGUAAGUGGACACAGAUUGCAUUUGGCUAAGGAAAUUCCAGCAAGCUUUUCUGGGCUAGACUUCGCGCCGGAAUUGCUUGACUCAAACUCUCAGGUCUGUUCUCAGGAGGGAACAAAGAUUCCCUUGACAGUUAAGGAUAGUUUUCACCAGGACCGUGUCAGCCCGCUUCAUGAAAACCGUUACAUCAGCAAAACAUUCCAGUGGAUGAAAGUAAAGCGAAAUCAACCCAGGACAGUAAAACCUCUGACGGAGGUCGGCGGAACGAGGUGUUUUGGCCUGAGCCUCGGUACCAAAAGUGACCACGGCAAGAGCAUCACUCAGGAUGGACUAAAUGCCAGCGGGGCGCCGAGGACCAGCUUCACCACCAAACAGUUAACGGAGUUGGAGAAGGAAUUCCACUUUAACAAAUACCUUACCCGCUCGAGGCGGGUGGAGAUCGCCAACGCCAUGCAACUUAACGAAACGCAGGUUUUUGUUGAAUGCGCCGAAAAAUUUCGACUCUGGUGGGACUCGAACCCACAACCUUUGAAUCACUUCUCAUAGUGACGAGACUAGAAGUCCAAUGCGCUAUCCAUUGCGCUACAGAGCCGCGCGCUUCAAAGGCGGUCUUGAUGGACUGUCCGGUGGUAUACCGGUAUAUUUAUAUUGAGAAAUCUUCGUAAUAGUAAAUAAUACCAAAAUCAGACAUUAAAAUUAAGAUAGUAAGUACUGGGUUAAUAUUGAUGCUUAGAUAUAUUCUUUAAUGUCAUCUGGUAUGCUGGGUUAUACUGCAGGGGCAAUAAGUCACAUUACAAAAGGCAAAGAAACCUACUGAGGGGUGUCACCCAAUCCUGAAAUCAGCAUGAGGUGCCUGUGACUUGCAGGUCUCCUAAACAAAAUAUAGUAUAACCCUGAUUACGGCUUCAAACCCCAUAUUCCUAUUGCUCUAUUGCGAUGGCAAUUUCAAGUAAAAAUUUAGCCUAAUAAAAAGGCUAUAUUUAUAAGGCCAAUGAUAUAAUUGAUUACAACAAGCCAACAAGAUGCUGAAAAUUUCCAGGAAUGGGAUUUGUGGAUAAAUAAAAGCAAAUUGCUAACACGAAAAAGAUGAUUUAGGCAAGGCAAUGAGAGUCAAUACUGUCACUGUAACUGUGCGAUAAUACGGCAAAGUAAUCUGCAAUCUUGUGAAAGCAGUGGAAUAGGUGAAGGACACUGGAGACUUGGGCUAACAAUGCGAUCGGCCUUUGUAAUGAAGUGCAAAGCUGGAUUGGUUUUUCAGGAGGCCUGUCCCAUCAUCCUCUGCGGUCCUCGCACAGAGUCUCCCGGACGGCCAUCGCCGUACUGCUCGCGCUACGCUGCACCUUGUCAGCAUCAGCAGUUUCCGCCUAUUUUCUGAUCUAAUGAUUCAGCACCGAUUUUUCUUUUCAUUUUGCCGUUCUGUUUACUUUAGAUUUCUGGCUGCAUUUUCUAUGCACUUUUAAAAUUUACGUUGCACAAAUAUCCAUCAUCAUAACUAUGCACUGAAUCACAGUUAAUCACAAAGUACUCAGUGCAGUGCAUUUACACGAGUCAGCCGUCGUCAUGUUCAGCAGUAGAGUGAGCAUUAAAGCAUUAGGUUUUUGUAUGUACAGGUAAUGUGGCAUCAGAAAUUACCUGAAUGGGGCUGUCUGUAGGUUACAUGUGAAAAUUCAGUGAGUGUUAUUCCAUCCUCAUAGAAUCUCAAAGCAAAAGUUUAUUAUAUUAGUGAGGCCAGUGACCCUAGACAAUAAAUUUUAUCUUUGUUGAUUUUUCUGUUCUUGCUAGUAAAGAUUAAAAUAUAUGCAUUAAUCCUCAUGUAGAAAUGUAAACCUGUGUUAAUUUUUGGUCUAGUACAAAUAUAUGGCCAGUUUGAAGAUGAGGUGACAGUCUAUUGCCUUUAAACUAUACUCCUAUACUAGACAGUUAUGAUCAUAUGACAAAAUAGCAACAUUAAUGUUGUGUUGUACCCUAAAUUUGAUCAAAUGAAUGAUA